AUUCACCAAAGUCCAAGCGAAUCAUAGCUAAGCCAAGCAAGCUGGCCAAGUUAUGGUCAUAGAUCGAUAUCUUCCCAAAACAAUCGUUUUUUCUGUUUGCGUUUUAGCUUGGACAUUAACUUUGAUGAAAAUAACUGUUUUCUGAUUUGUUUUUACUUCAGUUACUUCUCAAAGUAGCUCGCCUGCUCGCUUGCAGCAACACGGCAGUAAUAACGAGACCAAUUUUCAGCAGCACGGCGGACCUCACGCGAUGUGGGGUCUGGGACUCGGUGUUUACAACUUCAAGUUCCUGCAGAGUCUAACUGCGUGCUUUCAUUUGCUCGCCUCGCCGCUGCCCUAAUUAACAAGAUGAUUGCGAGAUUCUUCCAGUGGAAGUUUGUUAUCUUAUUCUGUGCGCUGGUGUGUUUCGUCUGCCUCUUCAUCCGCUUUGAAAAUAGGGUUUCUGUGCUCGAGGCCACAAGGCUCAAACUUACGGAAACCGUGGGCAGACUUCAGCUUGUAUUCUUGAAUGAGCGUCUGCACGACUUUCCGCCCGUGCAAGAAAGUCGGACAGACCCUCCGUUGGACGACUUCGGCCUUCCCGAAGGGACUAUGGACGACCUGGUGAUCAUCUACAACCGAGUACCCAAGACGGGCAGCACGAGCUUCAUGGGAGUUGCCUAUGACCUGUGCGGUGUGAACAAGUUUCACGUGCUACACCUGAACACGUCAAAGAACAUGCAUGUGAUGUCACUGCCUGAUCAGAUACGGUUUGUUUACAAUGUCAGCCUCUGGAAAGCCAUGAAACCUGCCAUUUAUCAUGGUCAUGUGGCGUUCCUCGAUUUUGCAAAAUACGGCGUCAAACGCAAGCCAAUCUACAUCAACAUAAUCAGGAAGCCCCUGGACCGGCUAGUAUCAUAUUUCUAUUUCCUGCGGCACGGCGACGACUUCCGGCCUUACCUGGUUCGCAGAAGGCAGGGAAACAAAAUGACCUUCGACGAAUGCGUGCUGAAGAAAGGGGUCGACUGCGCUGAAGAGAGGCUAUGGCUCCAAGUUCCCUUCUUCUGUGGUCACGCAUCUGAAUGCUGGAUUCCUGGAAACCUCUGGGCACUGGAGCAGGCAAAGCACAACCUGAUCAAUAGCUACUUUGCUGUGGGACUUACGGAGGAACUGCAGGAUUUUGUGUCACUGCUGGAGGUGUCCUUUCCUCGGAUAUUCAAAGGAGCCACUGCCAAAUUCCUGACAGGCAAGAAGGCGCAUCUGCGGAAGACCUUCAACAAGCAAGAUCCAUCUGACGAGACCGUAGAGAGCUUCAAGAAGUCCCGAAUUUGGCAGAUGGAGAAUGAAUUCUACGAGUUUGCUGCCGAGCAGUUUGACUUCGUGAGGAAACGGACGCUUGCAACUCAAAAUGGUGGCGAAGCCACUGAACUAGGACAGCAGUUCUUCUACGAAAAGAUUCGUCCCAAGUGAACUGUGUGUCCCAAGGCUAGCUAAUUGCGUGCAUUGUUUGACUACUAAUUAGCCUCAUGUUUGCUUAAUUACCUAAGCACGAAGGAGCAUGCUGCAGGUGUAGUUACACAUGCUGUGCCUGCUGGCACCUGCUGCAGUAAUGGUUUUAAAGCAAAAACCUAAAACAAAUUCUGCUUUGCACUUCCGUUCGUCAAUGCCUUAUUCUGAAUAUUCACUCCGAAUCUUUUAUGCAGGUAACGCAAGUUCAUGUACAAUCCCAGCAUUCCCCUGGCUGCUUCGGUUGUUUGGCAAAAGGUCUAUUUACUUGUUGUCAUUUUAGUGUCUCCAAACAGUUUUGCCUUCAUUCCUUCAGACAUUAUUUAUGAUUUCAUUUGAGGAAAGGCUUUUUUUCCGUUAACAUUUCCAGGGUCGCGUUAAAGGUUUUAUAUUUAUAUUUUUAUCUUAUGGCAAUAAAGAAAUCGCUGACGCUUUUGUUCUAACUUUACGCUGCUUAAUAGGCAUGUUUGAGUUCAGUGUUCCAUGGAUAUUUAUUGCUUAGUCGUGGAGGGGACGUUGUGAUUUGUGUGGAGCAUGUUGCAAUAAGAAUGUGAUGCUAGGGCUGCAGGAGCUGUACUACAAUUGAUGUUUUUUAUUGUGAAAUUGGAGUAACAAAUGGCUCUGCCACUGUGGGCUUUCAAGAAUUUCAGCUCAGCUUGACAUAACUUGAAUAGACAACAUGUACAAGUGUGCUUGGCAAUAUGUUAAUUUUUUUUUCAUACUUGUGUAAAAUAUUACAAAGUGACACUGCUGCCCGCCUGUGUGGCAUUGAGGUUUCAUUUCAGUCUCCGAAGCUCAAAGUGGAAAGUUCGAACCUUGAGUGGACUCUCCAUCUUGCAGGCUUUGGGCAUUGUUGAUAGCCUCGGUUGGUCUGCAGUGCAAGUCCCCAAUAUUUUCAUUGUUCCAAAAAAACAAACAAAAAAAACAGAUUCUCAUGUUUUAAGCUUGUGUGACUUGUGAGCUGUUGAAAUCUUUGUUUACGAAGUUCUAUGUCUUUUGAAUCUCUAUUCUUGAUGUGUAUUUUUGUAAUGAAGAUGGAUUUGUGUCCUGGA